AUGCGCAUAGCAACACUACCGCCAGCGCAGCGCAGCAGCGGCCCAGUGAGUGAAGGACGAGGUGUAUAUUUUAAGCGGCCGGGAAAACUGUUUCCGACGGGUGUUGGUGGGGGGUGUUGUUUGCGUGCAGCGUGCAGGGAGAACACUCCAACACGCACGCGGCGCGGAGGUGCCGCAAUUCCGUUGAUUUGGGCGGCGGCGUUGGGGGGAAGUGAGCAGCGGAGUGCGGCAGCGGACUGCGUUUCCACGGAAGUGCCUGAAGGGACUAUUUUUUUAAAAAUAUAUUUGUGUGUUUGUGUUUAUUUGCCUGCGGGCACGGGGCACAGCCGGCGGGCUGCGCUGCUGCGGGGAGGAGGAGGCGCCGUGCCCCGUGGUGCCUCGCGGCAGCCGUACUGGUUUUUAGCUUCACGUUGUGUGUUUCUCCCAAAUGCCGUGGCACCGCCAAAGACGCCUGCGUGGGGCGGGGGCGGAAUGAAUUUCUUUUCGUGUGGCUGCGGGGCGCUGCUGCGUGAACUUAGUGGGCCGCCGCCUUUUUCUUCCUUCCCUCUCCCUGCCCUCACCCUCUGCGCCGCACCCCACCGCGCUCCCCAUUUCUCUCUCUGUUUCUUCUUCUUAGCUGCCCCGCAGCCCACUGGCUCUGCUGCGACGCUACUGCCACCACCACCACCGCUGUUUUUACUGAUGGCGAUGGCGGUGCGGCGCCGUGCGGUGUGCGGCCUGGCGCUCUUCGCGCUGCUCUGCGGCUGCUGCGCCCCCUCCGUCUGCGGGGUGAGUGCUGAGGAGGCUGCGGCUAAUGUGAAUGUGUCGGUGGAGGUGUCGUGCCCGAACGCUGCGAAAAAGUUGCGUUGGCGCGUUGCUGACAGGAGUAAUUCUGGCUGGGAGGAGUGUCCGCAGGCAGUGAAGGGUGCGGAGAGCAGUGAAAGCGCUGCUUACGGUAAUACCCUUUGCCUCUUGGCCGGAUCGGUGUACAUGUGGAAGUUCCCGGCGGGGAACUGCCGUGCAUCCCAGCCAGCAGGGGGCACAGACGCUGUCGCGUUCAGGUUGGCCUGUACGGCGGCCGCAAACAGUGCGCUGCACAAGCUGUCGAAGGGCGAAACAGUUACCAUCAGUCCAACUGAGGAUCCACUGGGCGCUUCAGACGAGUGUGAGUACCCAAACUUCAGCCAACCCGCGGCUGAAGUGCAGUCUGGACCCCAACAACCUUCAGGACAACAGCAACCAGCAGGCACACAACAACAACCGGGAGCAGCACUGCCAGCAGCGUCAUCUGCAGCACAAACUCCACAAGGAGUCCGUGCGGGGAAUGGGGGCUCCAUCACUGUUGGGGAGCAGCCAGGCUCUGUGGUGGGUUCCACCGGAAGUCAGGAACCAUCGACAGAAGGUCGUCGGGAAACACCAACGCCAUCGGCUGGCAAUGCGGCUUCGUCCACACAGACGGCAGGGGAGAGGGCAGCAGAUGGAACGAAGACGACGACCACCCGCAGUCCGAGUGAUGGGAACGACAUAAAAAGCAACGCGGGCGGCAGUGCCACCAACAGCAACACCACUCAGAAAGCCGUGGCAAAUGCUGCGGAUCGCAGUGCCACCUCCACUUCUUUUGUGUGUGCGCCUCUCAUGCUGCUACUCACGGCCGCCCUUGCCUGCGCUGCUGCGUAG